AUGAUCUUCGCAGCCCGUCAACUUCAGGAGAAAUGUCAGGAGAUGCGGACCCACCUGUACUCUACCUUCGUGGACCUGACGAAAGCCUUCGACACGGUGAAUCGUGAAGGACUGUGGAAGAUCAUGCAGAAAUUCGGUUGUCCGGAGCGAUUCACUCAGAUGGUGCGUCAGCUGCAUGACGGUAUGAUGGCGCGAGUCACGGACAACGGAACUGUCUCAGAGGCAUUCGCAGUGACUAACGGAGUGAAGCAGGGAUGCGUGCUUGCGCCUACCCUCUUCAGUCUUAUGUUCUCUGCCAUGCUGAUGGACGCCUACCGCGACGAACGCCCCGGGAUCCGCAUCGCCUACAGGACGGACGGUCACCUUCUGAAUCAACGGCGGAUGCACUUUCAAUCACGCGUAUCCACAACAACCGUUCACGAACUCCUCUUUGCCGACGACUGCGCCCUAAACACCACCUCGGAAGAGGAGAUGCAACGGAGCAUGGACCUGUUCUCCGCGCGUGCGAGAACUUCGGUCUGA